CCUGUCCACUCGGUGCGUAAUUUAAAUCUUUUUCCGUCUCUCACCAGAUUUCGGAUCAGAAAAUGGAAUCCGUUUUAUGUUCUGGACACAAAAAAGAAUGUUACCUGAAAACAGGAGGAAAACCUGGCCCUAAUUUCAAAAGGAGUUUUUAUGUGUGUAGCGUACGCGAGUCUCGUUGUGACUUUGUUCAACCUGUCAGCGUAACUCCUAGAAACUGUGAUAAACAUCCAUCAGCUAUUGUUGAGUUGCAGGCCAUUUGUCGCAAAGAUGGCGAAAACCGGUGUUACUUCCGAUGUCAUCAAAAAAAGGAAGGAACAGACUGGUGUGGUUUUAAGAUAAGAAAAGCUCUGCAGGGAAAUGAGAAACCCGUCAAGAGUAAUAAAGAAGCAAAGCCAUCAUCCAAGCAUGAAAUCACGAAGGAAUUGGCUAAAGGUGAAAAGAAAGAGCUGCCAUCAUUUUCAUCAUUGAGUAAUUCUGAGCACAAAGCACCAUUGUUUGGAAAACAAGAUAAGUUAGAAGACAUUAAACCUGUGAAGGAUGGUAAUGAUAGCUUCACGCAAUGGAGGGACAGUCCAGUCAAAGAUACUUCAAGGCAGAAGGAGAAAGCCAAUCUUACAUCUGCUCUUCAAAAACAAAAGGAGCUGUUGUCUCGUGUGCAGUUGUCAGCUCUCCCUGACAAAGGUGCCCGUCUCAAAGAAAAUAUUCAACACUUGGAAAGUAAGAUCCAAAAUAUAGAUCUGAAUAAAGAUGUUUCCAGAAGUUCUAAGACACAUAAUGAACCCGAAAUCAUCAGAGUGCAUCCACCAAAUGAACCAGGAGGUCAACCCAUACACAAAACAGUGAAAAAGCCAACACAUAAUGAACCCGAAAUCAUCAGAGUGCAUCCACCAAAUGAACCAGGAGGUCAACCCAUACACAAAACAGUGAAAAAGCCAAGCCAGCAGGAGGAAGUUGAUAGUGAUGAUGAGGAUGGACCAUUGUCAGCUUCUAAUUACUCUGAAAACUCACAAAUACAUAAACAUCACGAUCCUAAAAAUUUAAGACAAACCAAACUCACUGAGGCUUUUGCUUUACCAAAAGAAUUUCUUGAAGGAAGUUAUUCACAAGCCAGUUGGCAGCCUGUGGCGCUGUAUGGAGGUCGAAUGACUGUAAAGCGUCUGGAAGAAGUGAGGAAUGCAAUGGAUAAAAUUACAAACUCUUUGCACGAGCAACUCAAAACUUGUCCAAAGGAAGAUGAAGAAGAAGAAGAUCCUCGAGGGUUGAGGGUCUCUUUGAUGCCUCAUCAGAAACAUGCUUUAGCCUGGUUACUCUGGAGGCAGAAACAAAACCCUUCAGGUGGUAUUUUAGCUGAUGACAUGGGUCUUGGGAAAACUCUGACUAUGAUUUCCUUCAUUAUGAAACAAAAACAAGAAGAUUCCAGCUUAGAAAAAAAAGAGGAAGAAGAAUGGUUGAAAAAAGACAGCAGACAUGUAAUGAAGAGUAAAUCCACCCUAAUCAUCACACCAGCUUCCCUGGUACACCAGUGGGGAAAAGAAGUUGAGGCCAGGUGCAAAAGAGGUUCGUUAGAUGUCCUCAUAUACCAUGGACCAAACCGAGAAAGGAAUAUCAAUGUGAUAACCUCUAAGGAUAUUGUUCUCACUACAUAUAAGGUUGUUAGUUUGGAAAUUGGACGGAAGGAAGACACUGCAAUUGCUGACCGAUCUCUCACUGAAGAAGAAGAGAAUGAGGUAGAAAAUGAGGCAGUAAGUCAAGGUAAAUUGCCACUGCUGUUGCAAAUACAUUGGAAGAAUGUCAUUCUUGAUGAAGCUCAUGAUAUUCGAAACUAUAAGUCCCUCACUGCAACAUCAGUUACUCGAUUAAAAGCUUCGUCCAGGUGGAUGUUGACAGGUACACCCAUCCAGAAUAAAUUGUUAGAUAUGUAUUCUCUACUCAGAUUCCUACGUUUUAGACCAUUUGACGAAUAUAAAGUAUGGAAAAAUCAGGUGGAAAGCAACGAGAGAACAGGUAAAACUCGCUUGAACAUCAUUGUACAAUCUUUAUUGUUAAGAAGAACCAAAGAUCAGACGGUGAAUGGGAAACCACUGAUUAAAAUGACCAAGAAGAAACUAUCAAAUUACAAGCUGACAUUGUCACCCGAGGAACAAAAGCUGUACAGUAAGAUUUUCAAAAGAAUUCAAUCAGUGGUCCAAGCUUACAUUAGAUCACAUAUGGACAAGGAUUCACUUCUUGCAGGUAAUUCUUCAUCCUAUGAGAAUCAUCACCCAAAACAUAACACUGCUUCCCAAAGUGGAUCCACAGCUACAAAGAAACCGACUGGUAAAGAUGUCUUGGUGUUUCUACUCAGAUUAAGACAGUGCUGUUGUCAUCUUAGUUUGUUAAGAGAAUCACUUGAUAAAGAGAUGACCGAAGAAAUUGGCCUAGACUUGUCUUUGACUGAGCAGCUGAAUGACCUAACCUUACAAGAGAAUGAUUUAAAGGGAUAUCUUGAUGAAGAUAGUAAGAAUGAAAACAACAGCCAACAGGAUGUUAAACAGAAAGACAGGGAUAUCUUCCGCCUCGAAUGUCAAAGUACAAAGAUCAAAGCACUUCUUGAAAUGCUUCAAGCAAUCUAUAAGAACGCAGAAGACAGAAUCAAAUGUGUUGUUGUAUCACAGUGGACAAAACUAUUGAUGAUUGUAAAAUACCACAUUACACAGGCUCAUUUUACCUAUCAUCUCAUUGAUGGGGCCGUUCCUCCAAAGAAACGGUCAGAGAUUGUUGAUGACUUCAACACAAAUCCAAACGGUGCAAAGAUAUUGCUUCUGUCAUUAAAAGCUGGUGGUGUUGGUCUAAACUUGAUUGGUGGCAGACAUUUGUUUUUACUUGAUAAUCACUGGAACCCAGCUUUGGAAGAACAAGCCAGUGACCGUAUCUAUAGAGUUGGUCAAAAACAUGAUGUUGAGAUUCAUCGGUUUGUCUGUCUGAACACAAUUGAGGAGAAGAUUUUAACAUUACAAAGUCAGAAACGUAAAUUGGCCAAAGAUGUAUUGACAACGUCAGGACAAAGCAACAGUCGCUUGCAACUGAAUGACUUGCGAAUGCUGUUUGAGAUUAAAUGAACAGAAAGGAGAAAAAGA